AUGACUAUCACAGUCACAGACAAGUUUUAUAUUAAACAGUCAGAAGAUACUGAUGUUGCUUCUAUUGACUUUGACGACAUUGUCAGCGACGGGACAAGGUUGAUUUUCCAAUGGAUUUGUUUCCAAGUCUUAGGCCAGUUGAUGGUUGUUUUUGGCGCAGUGACCAAUGUCAUAAACAUCAUCUGUUUCGUCAAGCAAGGAUUCAAGGAUUCAGUCAACAUCAGCCUACUUU